AUGAACCAUAUACCAUUCAAUAUUUUAUAUGUGGACCGUAACGCACAAGAGAAUUGCUCUGUCAAACAAGAAAAUUUAAUCUCUACCACGUCUUUAGAGGUCGAUGUUUCCAUCAAAACCAUGGCAGAGAGUUCUACCGCCCACUCGUGUCUUGUGCAAGAAAAUCUGCAAAAGCUACUACGAGCAUGUCGCGAAGUUCACCUCUGCACUUCUGGGAGAUCGUGCCUAGCGAAACUAUCUGAUCUAAAUCAAUCCUCCAUCAUCGAAUCAAUCCCUACAAUUGUUCUAAUUGACGUACCAUUCCAUGACCACUCAUCCUGUAAAUUAUUGGCGCCCAGCCUACCGGUAUCAUCAUUUUGGUCAAAGCAAAACAAUUUUGAUAAUGGAGAAAAAGAGAUGUAUGGACUGAAGUUGCUUGAGUCGAUCUCGUGCGAAAUACAGCAAAAAAAAAUCUCUAACAUGGUUAUACCAAUGGCAUUAAUUAAACUGCUGGACUCCGAUCUCAAUCUACUACAGUCAAAGUCACACGCAAAGAUUUAUAACCACUACUCAGAGCACUCGUCCGAUGGAUACCCGAAACAUCGCAGAUCACCGACUGAGAUUGACCAGGCAAUAAUAAUGCAAUCUCUAGAAGCAGGCGCAGUUGAUAUAUUUACCAGCCCUUUGCAAGAAGAGAGGCUAUCCAGUCUUGCAGUACAUGCGUGUCGAUAUAUCAGAGAAAAUAUGAAUCAGCACAAAAUAGUGAUGGAGCUAAAACGAGCCAGGAAAAGAUCUUGGGUCGGCAUAGAUGAUCAAAAACCUUAUGCAUAUCUCCGAGAGGCUAUGGUUUCUGGAUUGAUGGAUGGUAUAUGCCAUCACGAAGACUAUAAUCCACCUGUCAACUGGCCAAAUAUUAUUAUAUCGCCAGAUCGCAAAGAAACAAUAGCUAUGGCUAUCAAUUCGUGGAAUUUUUCUGCACACGAAUUUACCGACGAUGAGUUGCUACAUGCUGCUGUUUUGAUGCUACAUCAUACCCUCACAAUGCCAGAGCUGGAACCAUGGCGACUAUCCACGGAACGAGCAGAAAAUCUCACCAAGUUUGUGACAGCCAGUCGAUCGGCAUAUAAUACCUUUGUACCUUACCACAACUUCCGUCAUGUAGUUGACGUGUUACAGGCCUGCUUCUUCUUCCUUUUAGAACUAGGAAAGAUACCGCCGUAUCAUGGUUCGAGCAAAUUUCCACAUGCGCGAAACUCUCCUCUUGCUGAUUCAAUCAAGCCCUCAGACGCCCUAACGCUGCUCAUAACAGCUGUCGGCCAUGAUGUGGGACACCCUGGAGUUAAUAAUGCCUUUCUUGUUACUCUUAAUGCGCCAUUGGCUCAGUUAUAUAAUGACCGCUCUGUUCUAGAAUCUUUUCAUUGUGCUGCCUAUUCACAAAUACUUCGCCGACACUGGCCAAGCGUUUUUCGGGAAACAGGUAUGAGACAGCUGAUGAUAAACAUAAUACUUGCUACAGAUAUGGGAUUACAUUUCGAAUACAUGAAAAAACUUGCUUGGGUUCAGAAAAAUAUGACUAAGAGCUGUAAUAACAAUGAAUGGAACACUGGAUUGUUAGGUGAACAGCGAACUUUGGCUUGCUCACUACUCAUAAAAUGUGCAGAUAUUAGCAAUGUUGCACGGAAACACGAAAUUUCUUCGAAGUGGACUAUAAUUUUGACCGAUGAAUUCGCGCGUCAGGCUACCAUGGAGAAAGACUUAGGCAUACCAACAGCACUAUUUGCACCUCCAGUGCGAGAGACGAUAGAACUGGGAAAAUCUCAAAUAGGCUUCAUCAAUUUAUUUGCUCUCCCCCUGUUUGAAGGUGUAGUGGAAGUCAUGCCAGCCAUGGUAUUUUGUAUUCAGGAACUUCAACGAAAUAAGUCAGCUUGGCAAGAUAAAAUUUCUCAAAAACAACCACAUGAGCAGGGUUCCAAGGAUCUUGAUAUGCAUGACAUGGACUUUUCUUCGCGCUCGACAAAUAUUGAGAAUCCAGAUGCUAGUCCUCAAAACUUCGGUAACAUAAUAACGACUGCCUCAGAGAAACCCAAUAGUAUGAUGUUAGUGGAUGAUGGUUGGAAUAAAAGAUCUAGGAACCACUCUUAUCCAAUGAUUAAAUUUCCUAGUAACGAGAUUUGUGUAAGUCCUUACAUAGAAGAUGUUUCACCGACGAAUUCGCUCCUCAACUUUUCUUUCAAAAAAAUACCUCAGAAUACUUCUAUUUCAAUCAAUCCAGCACCACUUCCUGAGCACGACAAAUACGACCACACGUUAGUUGAAGAUAGACGUAGCUCUGCUCAAUUACCAUCCAAUAAACUAGUACUUGGUCGAAAUACAGCUUACAAAUGUCAUGGAUCAGAAGGUCAUUCGAGCAACAAGACGGAAGAUAGUAGCUUUAGUACAGAUGAAUGGCCUCAGCAGGAAACAUUAGAAAAUUUACGCUUGACGCCAUCCACGCAAAGCUCCUCAGUCACAUCUGACUAUGAAUCUGUGGACAGUUUUAUUCAUCCUCACUCGCCGCAUAUGACUACUUUUCCAUCCGAAAAUGGUGAUAUUUGUGAAGAAAACGAUGAAGAUGGAGAAGAAAGUGGCAGGUAUUCCAAAAGUGUCUUAGUUGUCCAGAAAAUAAGGGUGUUGCAGAAAAAAUCAAGUCGGUUCCGAAUGAAUUUUUGGAAGCGAAGUAAAAAUGCUAGUCGACAAAGCAUUCCAGCUGGUGGCUAUGGUGAAGAAAGUAGUAUCGACACGCGAUGA